CGCAAUAAUAAUAAUAAUAAUAAUAAUAAUAAUAAUAAUUAAUAAUUGACUCUUUCUUUCUCCAAAAUUUUCUCUAUAAAUACCUCCUCCUCACACACGAUAAUUCAUCACAAAUAUAUACAGCUCAGAGUCGCCAUUUCUGUUUUAGCUCGCUGCUGCGGAAGUAAUUAUAGUUUUUUAAAUUUCUUCCAUCGCAGCGCUUUAAUUCAACUGCAAUGGCUCGUUAUUUCCCCAACUCUAAGAUUGUGUGUGCAUUUGUUGUUGACUCUAUUUCUGCAGCUAUUCAGAGGCGCGGAUACGCGGCGGCAUCACAAGUUGCUGCAUCUAGUAAUGGUAGAAGCAAUGUGAUGAUGAACAAAGUUGUCAAGAAAUCAAACAAGACAGCAACAUCAUGGGGACCAGAUCCAGUAACAGGUUAUUACAGACCAGAAAGUCAUGUUAAAGAAAUAGAUGCUGCUGAACUUAGAAACAUGUUGUUGAAGCACAAACCUAGACAGGAUUAAGAAUCUUGUCUCGACGAUCAGAGGCAGAUUCAGGAUUUGAAUGUUGAUUUCUCAUAUAUAUAUAUAUAUAUAUGUUUGUGUUUCGUAUACGAAAUAGUGGUUUAGUUGAACCUGUUAUACCUAUAUUGUAUUUGCCAUUGUUGAUAGGCGGAAAUACUUGUUUAAGAAUCGUAUCUUGAUCAACAGAGGCGGAUUUAGGAUUUGAAUGUUGAUUUUCUCAUAUACGUAUGUUUGUGUUUCGUAUACGAAAUAUUGGUUUAAUUGAACCCGUUAUACUUA